ACACACACACACACACACACACACACACACACACACACACACACACACAGAUUUCUGUCUCUAUUUUCCCACUGUUGAAUCAAGCAGUGGGAGUUUUAUGGACCAAAGUUCCCACACUUGUUGGCUGCACCAUGACUAUGACUUCCAAAGUCAAUGGGAAGAGACAGUGUGUAUCAUUUUGUGUGUCUUUCUUGUAUGUAUGUGUGGGUGUUUGUGCAAACCUCCCUUACACACACACACACACACACACACAUAUACCACCACCCAUUGCCCCCUAUAGCCUUUCUCAUGGAAAUUGGCAGGCAAAAUUGUGUGAACCUAUGACCUAUAACUCUGCCUCUCACACUCACGCACAUAUAGGAGCUUGCACAAACACUCUCUCUCUCUCACACACACACAUACACACACACACAGCUGUCUGUGCUAUUUCUGACUACCCAGACUGUCGAGUCAUCUGAGGACUGAGAAAGGGGGGAGGAAUUAGCGAGCUCUUCUCUCUCUCUCUUCUUCCCUUUCUCCCUUUCUACUCUUUUCAUCAUUGAUUUUUUUUUACAUUUUCUUUUCUGGUUGCCUUCCUUCCUCCCUUUUUAAGCUUUUCAACCUCAUAUUUUCCAUCUCCUUUGCUAAUAUAUUUCAUGUCCUGCCUUCUUUUCUGCCUCCCUUCACAUUCCCUGCUUUAUUCCUCACUCUUCAACUUCUUCCCUUCCACUCCCUCCUUCCUUCCCACCAUAUUUUCUUCCUCCCUGUCUUCCUUUCUCCUACCACCCCUCCCUCAAUUCUCCUGCCCUCCCCACUCUCUCUCUCUGUCUGCACUCUCAGAGCCAUCUGACUCGGCAAUGACCGCUUGUGACCUUUAGUUGAAUGCAGGAGGAGGAGGAGAAGGAGGCAGAUAGACUGAGAGCAGGCAGCGGAUGACAAAUGAGCUAAUUGCUUUAGAUUAACCAUGGAGUGUCUGCCUGCCUGCCAGGCUUACAGCCUCCUCCUGUCUAGACAACACCACAGAGGGAGGGAAGCGAUCAGCAAUCUCUCUCAUGCAACAAUUCUGAGAAGUGAAAAUGUUUCUUUAUCAUUGCACAAGGAAAAUUAAAGGAACUUCAAACGGCUAUUUAGAAUUGUUCUUCCUUGAAGAUAAGGCACUGGGAAGACACAGGUCUGAACCUUGAUCUUUCAAAAAGAAAAUAUGCUGAAUUUUAGUGCAACACUGUAAAUCCUGCAUAAUUCAACCUGACACCAUUUUUUUUGUUUCAGUCCUGAUAAACCAGAAAGCACCACAGACUUUCUGUUUAGUCUCUAAGCUGAUGUAAGCUGUGCAAUCAGACUCAGGAUGAAAUGAGAGAUGUCAGGCUUUUAUUUUGAUGAUCAGUUUUUACACAAACCAUCUUUUUCUGAGAUUAUCUUUAAUAUGCUGCAAAAUCUUUUUGGCAUAAUCUAAUUCAUAAAAACAAAAAAUGAAAUGUAACUCUCAACUGUUUUAAGUUCAGUCAUAAAGUCAAACUUUGACUUCUUCAACUUUUCAGUUUUUUAUCACUUUGAAAAUAUAUGCACGUUUUAAAAUCGUGCACUAAUUUUCAGUGUCUGAUCGCUACAAUGUUGCAAUGAAGCAUAGCUAAUAGGCCUAGAAUAGCAAGACGUGCUGCUGCAGAAGCCUUGAGGCAAAUAACAGCAAAACAACUAAUGGAGACGAGUUGGAGAUGCUUUUAUUGCAUUAAAAUGAUUAAAACAAUUAUACAAUACAAUUAUAUAUUAGAAGGCAUCUGUCAUAGAUUAAGGAAAGACGGCAGCUAUGAUAAACUCAAAUGGCGUCAUUAGAAAAAAUAUUCCUGCAUAAAAGAUAUGGGGUCAUAAAUGAAUCCUCUCAGUUAUUUUGGUUGCUUGUCUAAUCUGGCUGAAGGUUAAGCACCUGCACUGAUUCAAUUAGUCAGUCAACUGAAGAUAAUUUGAAACUGGAUGAGCCAUUUAAGUCAUUUUUAAUCACCAUCACACAUGUGACAAUUUUUUUAGUAAACUGCAGAUUAGAGCAAACAGGUGAGCUGAAAAUAUCGCCUUAACUAUUCAAGGAUUAAAUAAAAAUUCUUUUGCACAAUACAGUUGCACCCCAGAUGGCUAAUGAAUUAGUAAGAGAUUUUUUUAGACUCCAUUUGUGUGAAAUACAAUGAAGGUUAGGGGUAGAGAAGUCGUCUUUUGGAUCACAGUCCACUGUCCAUUAUUUAAAGACAAAAAAUAAAAGAGUUUGAUGAAGUCAACAAGGGUAGCAGUGUCUUUUGAAAUUUAUCUGGGGCAGAGGGAUUUCUUUGACUUAUAACCUUAGCAAUUGUCAAUGCAGCGUGGGCUGAGGCUUAAUAAACCCAUGAAUGCGGUUUUCUGUUUGCAUUUGGCACAAAUACUCGGCGGUGCACAUUUUUGUCUGCCAGGAAGAAAUCAAAUACACUAAAGCUUGAUCAUUGUUUGCCUAUUUGUUUUAUAUUUCUUUUCUUGUCUCUUUGAAUGCACACAUAUGAGCAUGUAGCUGAGAUUUUGGAGCCUCUGCGGUUUGCACAAACCUGCUUUUUGUAGCAUACCACAGAAACAGUGUUAUUAUGUAUCUUCGCUGGAGCAUGUUUUAGCCUCAAGGAUGUUUUUCAGUGGUGCAUCUGCACAACACAUUUGCUUUAAAAAUAAUUUUGGCAUACCAAAAAGGCUUCUGCGAUUGAAAGAGAAGAGAAAUAAGGAUGAAGAAUAAGAUGACAGAGAGAAAAGAGAAGAAGAGGGAAUGGGGAAAAUGAGGUGGAAUGGCUGCGCAUUUUAAAUCUCCACAGGGUGGGGGAAAAACAUGCCCUAAAUUCUGCAAAAAAUAAAAUAAAAUCUCUCUGCAAAUUUAUGCACCUUAAAAUGAGCGGCAUAAGUGGAUGAAAACAGAGUUAGCAUGCAGAAUGGAAGGAGUGAGCUAAACGCAGCAUUAUUGACACUGGAGAGAAAAGAGAGAAUCAAAAUAAGAGCGGAAAAGAAAGGGAAGGGAGGAGAGCUGCUGGCCUCACAGUUUUGGGAGCUCUGUGUUCAGGGGAACUGACAGAGUAUGUGUUUAUAGCAAUAGUAGGAAUUUUUUAUUGAAUGAUGACGCAUCAAUUUGCAAAAGCUGAAAGGAAACAGGAUAACAAACAUUAAAACGUCAGCGAAAGGCACUCCAGAGUGGCUCAAACUUGUGCCUGUAAAUGCAGCUUUCAAACAUUCGGUCCACGGGCCAGAACCCCUGGUGUGGCGAUGCCAAAAUAUUACAAGGGUGUGGAAAUAUCUGGAAGCUUAAAAGUAUUUUUUUUUAUCUCUACAAGUUGUCUAAACUGUAAAAAAGUAAAAAAACAAAAAAAAAACAAAUCUGUAGUUCCAAAAUACUUGUAGAUCUACUUUAAUCUAUCAUUUAUAGUCUGCUCUUCAUGUGUUUUGUAAAGAAUGGUUUAAUAAAUGGGGUUUUACUUAUUUAGACUAAAAGCAACGGAGAAGGUGGACAUGUUUACUUCUUAUUAUUAAUAUUGUUAAUUUAAUAUGCAUGGGUUUUGCUGUUGGGGCCCACUUUACAUCAGAUUUGGCUAUAUAUGUACUUUUACCAAAAUGAGUCAAACAAGCCUAGUGUCACUACAAAGCUAUAAAUAUGUCAAUAGAAGUGCUAUAAAUAUAAUAUUAAGAUGACCAGUUUUGAGAUAUCCAGUAGGAAGCAAACGACUAAAUUAGCACAUAAAAAAAAGGUGUGUAAGUGCCAGAAUGCAACAGUAUGGCUUUAUGUGCUAAAUCCACUUUUAAUUUUUGAACAAUGUUACCAUGAAAUGUUCAAACCUCGGACAGAAAGGAGAAAAAAAAGGACUGAAAGGAAGGACGGAAAGAUAUCAAAGGGAGAAAUUAAGGGACGUACUGUAGCAGACAUGGGAGGAAAGGAACACAGACACCCACAUGAGCAAACAUAAACAGACUAAAAUUAUUAUCUGUAAACAGUCACAUUGCCUGUUAAAGCGAACUGUUGUUAUUGUCAAAGGCAAAAAAGGAACAGAGAGGCACUUAAACAUACAGCGAUGCCAGUCUCGCCAUCUGUGUGAAGCCACCCAGACUGUGUGUGUGUGUGUGUGUGUGCGUGUCUGUGGGCUCACUGCCUGCUGACAGCUUGUUCUUUCAGCUGGUGCUAAACUCCCACAACUUUUCUUUCCCUCCCUUUCCUUUCCCUUCGCAACAUACCGUACACAGCACAGUGGCCUCUUUGGUAACUAUAAACCUUCCAAGCUGUCUUUUCUGCAUUCACAACGUCAACAGGAACUCUGACGUUAUGUAACAGGGCUGAAUGGUAGUGCAGUGGUUAGCAAUGUCACCUCAUACCAAGAACGAUCCUGGGUUCGGACCAACCUGGCUUUCCGAGUUCACCCUGUGGAUGUGUGGGUUACUGUGGAUGUGUGGGUUACAUCCAGGUGCUCUGGUUUCUGCCCAAAGAACUUAGAGACAGAGAGAAGAUGCAGACGUGACAGUAGCUGAUCUUCUGUAAUGGACUGAAAAACCACGACUGUACAUGUGGGUCCAAUCCACUUGAAUCCACUGAUGUAAUUAGGCCCCACAACCCCUGACAUUGGCUGGUAGUUUUAAAAAAAUUUUAUUAUAACAUUUUCCAAGUAAUAUGAGGGGAAAGGGGCUUCAUUAGUGUGAGGUUAAAUAUUCUCAUGGUUUGCCUUUUGCUUAGUUUUCUUAGCAUUUUGGAUAAAAGUGUUAUUUUGUGGGAGACAACAUAUUGGGCUUUGUCCUGGAGGGAUGGUGUUGCCUUACAGCUAAAUUUAGGUCUGGAUAUUUAUGGACGGUGACACAAUUUUCCAUAUUUUGCAUCUGUACACCAGCAAAAAUAGAUUUGAGAGUCAAAGAGGGAUGAAUUACAACAUUUGCAGGGAAUCAUUUCAUACACGAUCUCUUCAUAUAAUAUUUAAAAAGCUGCGCUCUUGUUCUUGACCCCUGCCGCACCAUACCGUGCCAUGACAGACCAUACCAGACCACAACGAUCCUUUCAAUGAUGAAGCAGUCAGUACUAACUAUUGUAUUCUGCUUGUAAGAGUUUAAUUGCCUCAGUGUUUGAAUGUCCUAAUGAGCAGAGAAGUUCAAACUUCAAACUCAGCUCCCCCUCCCUUCUCCAUGUCUCUCUCUCUAUCUCAUCAUUAUUCUCUCCAUCCCACUGACCCAUCUGUCUCCUCUCCCAGACGCUCCCACCACUCCCCCUCUUUUUCUCUUCCCUCUCCCUCUGUCUCUUUCUCUGCCUCCCCUCCUCCCUCACACUGACCCCUUUUGUUCACAGCUAUUGGGUUUUGGUGGCGAGGGAGGGCAGAAGAAAGGGUCUGGUCAGCUGUUUCCUCGAUAUGUGCGCCUGUGUGUGUCUGGACAGUGUGGGAAUGUGUGUGAGAAAAAGUUGCAGACAAAGCUUACUCCAGGCUCAGAGUGUGUGUGACGGCCGGUGAGGACACACAUGGUGUUGGAGCAUCCACGGGAUAUGUAGCUUGGAAAGUUUUGUUUUACUUUCUUUUAUUUUUGUUGUUUUGGUUUAGCGUUGGUUUCUUACUUUUCCCUCAGUAGCAGAUCUUCGGGAUCUGUCCUCUGGAAAUCAACCUUUUUUUUUUGUGAGGCUUGUUGAGUGACGAGACUAUGCAACCUUCAUCACAGAGUCACAACCAUGACAACUGUGUUCAGACACAGUUGUGCGCCCAGCUGGAGUUCGUCCAGAUUCUGGUGAUCGUAAUAGUCAUGAUGGUGAUGGUGGUGGUCAUCACCUGUCUUCUCAACCACUACCGCCUAUCAGCACGCUCCCUUCUCUCCAGGCACACCCCUACACGCAGGAGACACCUGCCACUGGCCAACGAGGGAAGUCUGUGGUCCUCUGAGGGAACAGGCACAAACAGUGGUCUAAAUGAGCACCAGGUGUAUAACACCCACCCCCCAGAGAGAGGGGGCUCUUCCUAUAUACAGCGGGAAGUACAGCACAGCCACUCCCAGCCUCCGCUGCAGCCCCAGCGCUUCCAGCACACAUACGCCCCGAGUCGCUUUCAGCCAACUUAUCCCUACCUGCCUCAGAGCCUCAUCGAUCUUCCCCCCACCAUCUCCCUCUCAGAUGGAGAGGAGCCCCCGCCGUACCAGGGGCCCUGCACCCUGCAGCUCAGAGACCCCGAGCAGCAGAUGGAGCUGAACCGUGAGUCGGUCAGAGCGCCACCCAACCGAACAGUAUUCGACUCCCACCCUCUCGAUCCAUCCAACUCCUGUCUGCAGGCCAGACUGCAGGCCCCCCCUCCAAGUGUCCAUUCAGGCAUCAGUGUGUUGGAAGCCCAGGAGACUUUGUCCAGGCAUCAGAAGCAGGGCUCUCGAGUGGAAGGAGCUCCUCCAGCCUACAGCGAGGUGAUUGGGCACUACUACCACCCAACAUCUGUAACCUCCAGCCAUAACAAUCGGACUGUGAUAUCCUCACAAGCACCACCUGCCUCGCUCAUACAAGGCCUGCUCCGACCUCCGCAUCAACAGCAAGGAAGCGUGGACAACAGGAACACAAGGAAUACAAAGGAGAAAUCCCAGAAACCCCAGCAGGUGUGACAGUGCUGCUCUCUGCUUCCAGUGAGAAAACCGGGAUUACAUCUGCUCACCACUGAAGUAAUGACCGGUGGAGAAUGAUGAAAAGUCACGAAGUUGUUAAAAUCCACUCUGAAGGGUUUAAGAGCUGGUUAGUUUUAGUUGUUGCAGGUCAGUUUUGCAGUUUCCCCACUGGCUUCUCUGGGUAAGAUAACCCAGAACCACGUUGCUCCUGCAGAGCACAGUCGCAUGAACAUCUGGCACAUCCUGUUCUGCAGCUUCCUACUUCAUGUCUUCUGAUGAACCAUUGAUGUCAGAAAAGAGAGGAAGAUUUAGAAGGGAAUGAGAUGGAAGCAGAUGAUUCUUUCCCUUAACAAGUCCUCUUCAUCUCUCUUCUGUCAGACUGAUGUGUGUAAUCACCUUUCACAAUGAAUAUUUACUUGGUCUGUUUUUUUCCGUUGAACUUUUUCUUUAUCUUAUUCACACAUCCAUGAAAAUUCCUAUCCAAGCAAAUGGCGAAAUGUUACAAUCUUCUUGGUUCUUCCAUUUGUAGGAUUUCUUUUUUUUAAAUGUGAUAAUCCCCCACCACCACGCUGCUUGUGUCCAUUUAGUCCAUAUUCAAAACUCCACUUCUGCACCAGGCUUUAGCCACAUCGCUGGGACAUUUUAGCACACUCGCUUAUUCCGCGAGUUGUAGCACAAGGCUAAAAGUUCUGCCUUACAUUUCCUAAGCGAUGCAGGAGUUGCCACUGAAAUGCUUGUUUCUUUUUUUUCCUUUUUAAAAAAAAAAUGUAUGUUCUUUUUUUUUAAAGAACGCUUGCACAAAGUUCAAGACUGUUCACCGGAAAAAAAGAAUAAUCCGCAAUAUGAUCGAAAAGAGACAGAAAGUAGGGAAAGUUUGGGUAUUUUUCUAUACUUGAUGGAUUCCUAUGAGUACAUUUUUUGUGUUGCUUUUGUUUAGUGUUUUUUUUUUUUUACUUGCUGUCUAGUUUUAGAAAAAAAAGAUACAAACAUCAGUAAUCGGUUGGGGUGCCAACUUUUCACCUUUUGCAACGUACAUGUUGACGUGUAUAUACGUCACACAUGGAGCAUAUAUACAGACACAUGUAUGCAAACCUAGAGUGAAAAGCACGAAUUUAAAGUUAUUUAUAUAAUUGCUGAAAAGAAUUGCACUAUUUUUUAGUAUGCGCCAAUGGAACGUUUUUGGGACUUUUAUUUUGAAGGAGCUCUGUCUAUUGCGGCAUAAAAACAAGAGAGAAGCAAGAACAUGGUGAGUGAGGCUCAGACCGAGCGGUGCACAGCAGCUGCUAUCAUGAUAAAUGUAAGGGGAGGUUCUGACUUUGGCCCAACGGACUCGGAUUAACCGUUACUGUACCAUUGAUAAAAAUGAAUAAAUAAUCGUUGGUUUAUGCAAAUGUCUGAGUCCCGCGAGCCAGCCACAAGUCAGCAUCCAACCUGUGGGUCCAAUCAGAAAGUCUUAACUCUCUCUCAUCCUAUUGGCCGAAUCAUUAGCCAAUCCCAAAGCUGGCUAUUACUACCUCGACCAAACAAGCGAAGCACAUUAGAGUUUAUUCAUGUUAACCAGACACAACAAAUGUCUGGACUAAUCGAGACAGUCUAAUGUAACAAUAGAUGUUAACUAGAGUAGGAUGUCGUAGACUUAGUUUUUAAUCCUGUUAUUUUAUUUGAAUGUCAGAUAUUUUUAUUCAUUGGAUGAGAAGAGAGAAAACAAACCAAUGACACCCCCCUUGUAGUGUAUUACUCAGGAAGGAAGCCAGUCACCCAGCAGGUCCUGAAUAUCUGAUGCACUGACUGUGCACCACUUUGGUCACCCAUGCACCCAAAAGACCAAAUUUUCUGGUCACGUACCGCUGGUUCCUUUGAAUUAUAGAAUCUCUCCCACGUUUUCAACCCAUGUAUACACUCUGCUCUCUAAGUUUUUCUCUCUUGCAGGCCACUCUGAGCACUUUAUUGCACCAGGAAAGAGACAACAAUCUUCUGUCAGCCAGCGCCGACCAACCAACCAAUAAAGCUUAAACACAACGGUAGAACCUUUUAGGUUUUUAGGUUCAGAUUUAGAUUCUCCAACUACUAGUGAUGCGCUUUUAAAGAGAUGCAAAGAGUUGUGGACCAAAGCUUUUAACAUUUACUGGAAUAAAAAACAACUUUAUUUAUCAUUUUGAGAUUGAAGAACUUUAAGACAUACGGACUUUAAAUCCUCAACUAUCCUUCUACAGGUCUCCAUAAAACCAGCUGAACAUGUACUUUAACAAAUAUAUUCUAUAAUUAGGAGAAAUUUUUUAAUUUUCUUGUUUAUAAACUCAUUCUUUUAAGCUUUGGACUCAAACUCUUUGAGUGUUGAAUGCAGCACAAGGCUGGUUGUUGAAACUAGACACACUGAAGUGUUGAAAAGUGGCACGAGUGUUAAUAGCAGCCCGUCUUGUGUCAUCUCAUUAAGAGUGCAGAAUUAAUAGAGUUGCAUUAGGUAGCUGAUUGAGCUACUUGAUCAGUAUUUGUAGUUUUUGUAUUUAAAACUGCUGCUUGAUCCAGACAAAAUCAGCGCCCUCUAGUGUCCAGCCUUUAUGCAACAGCGCCCUCUUCAGGGACUGAACCAAACUGUAGCCAAAUCUCCUGAGAGACAGUCUGAAGGCUAAAACAAUACAUUUUAUAAUCUCAUAUGGUGAAUCUUUCAUUUUUUGUCUGUACUUUCCUUCCAUGGUGAGUCACAGCAGCAUCUAUCAACUAUCGUGAUAAAAAGAAUUCAAUCUGCUGAACUUGUUCCCCAGUAUAAACCUUGUUUACAGGGACAGUUUGGCCCAAAGGUAAAUUUAUUUAUUUUCCCAAUUUUUUUGUAUUCAUUCCUAUCCAACUGGAUUGUGUUGAACUGGUGUGUGAAUUGCCCAGUUCUGGAGAAAUCAGCUACAGCGAUGCCUGUGUUCUCUUUAAUAUAAUGUAAGUAAAUGGCAAUUUCUGCUUGGGGUGCUUAAAGUGCCAAAAUGUGAAAAAGACGGCAGCAGUUUCUCUUUCCAGAAAUUGUGACCUGUUUAUUCAAAAAAUAAAAAAUGUAAAAAUCCACAAACCUUACAGUGAGCCAUUUCAUGCAGGAACUCUUUAGUUCGUACCGAUCCGCAAUUUUGAAAAAUGUCCAUGUGCAGAAGAAAGCAACCAUGUGCGUGUGAUGAAAGGCUCUUGCUGGUGGGAGAUUGAAUGGAUGUCCCUCAUUUGACCUGUAACAUCAGGUAGCUGCACAGGUGCGAGGGUGUCUUUUGGUUUGAAGAAGAUAUUUCCUGCAUGAAACUGCUCACAAAAAUGUUGGUGGAUGUUUUUUGAUUAACAGCUUCACAAUUUUUGAAUGAGGCAUUGCUGCAGAAUAUUUCAGAUGUAAUUUUUGGUGCUUUGAGCUCUUCAUAGUAAAUGCCAUUCAGUUCUAUUCCAUUAAAUAGAACGGUGACAUUUCCACAUCCAAAAACUUCAAAAAUGAGUGUCUCACAAAAAAAAACCCAUAGAAAACUGUGUAAAUUUGAUAUUAAUGUAAAUUCUUAUUUUAAGUUGCUGGAUACAAACUAAACGUUUACAGCUUGAUAGAUGGAUUGGAUGUGUUUAUGCUAGUCUUGUUUCUCGUCAUUUUAUCAUCGCAAUGAUGCAGUCUUGUGUUCUAUAGCAAACUAUAACAUUUCAAAUCAUAAAACAGAUUGAAAAGACUCUUCUAGCUGAUUAGAAAAGUCUUUGAUGAUGUUAGAAAGAUCUUCAAAAUAUCUUGUAGCAUUACUCGGCAAACUACUAAAUCUGAAAACACUGAAUUCCUCUCAAAAAGUAAAGACAAAAAGUGAGAAAAAAGAUUCGCCCUCCCAUCAUCUUUUAAGUUUGUAGCUCUCUGUAGCCCCAAAAGAAAGAUGAUUGGCUCAUUUAAAAAAAAUUAUUGUAAUAAUAAUAAUAAUAAUAAUAAUAAUAAUAAUAAUCUUUGAUCUUGUAAUGAGGUUAGCAGCCUGGUUCUCAGUCCUAAGGUACUUUGAACUAUUUUUCUGUUUCAUACUUGUUUUUGAACAGAGUUGUUUCCUUAAAUGGUUUCCUUUCCUGCACCAGAGGGCUUGCAGCGGGUAUGAGAAGGCUGGCCAGGCUCUGACCACAAAUAUUAGUGAUAGGAACUUAAAAAAUGUAUAAGGAAGUUGGAAAAAUGUGUAGAAUCAAUCUCUUAUUUCAGGGGAAAACCCGGGCUGGCUGACAAUACAAAAUAAGACAGGAGGAGAAAGAGGGAAAAGUCAUUUGGAGGCUGACAGGAAGAACAGAUCACACAUUUAUACACAGCUGCUAAUACCCUAGCGCUGCCUACAUCUAAAGACUGGUGUGUUUACAUGCAGUUGUACUUGUUCACCAGUGUUUGUGAGCUUUUCUUUAACUCUCAAUUCUAUUUAUUUAUGUUUCUUUUUAAAAUUCAGUUCGAUUUGAGUCACAUAAAAGAGAGAUAUUAAACCAAUCAAUGCUCAGAUCACAUAGUUUUUGUUGCUUUAAUCCAUCGUGGAGAUACUGAAAGUGUUAGGAGAUCACUGUGUGUGUGUGCGUGCGUGUGUGCAGUUAAUGUACACCCACCUGCCCUGGGAAAGACCUCCAGCUGUCUAGACAAAAACUAAACACAUAAAGGCACACACAGAGCAGACUAAACAAACUCACCGAAGAACCAAACGCCUCACACACACACAGACACACACACACAAUAAACACACACGCACACACACUGAGGUUUUUGUUAUUGCGGACCACACAAGGUAGCAAAAACAUUUAUUUCACACACCUUGAUUGCCUCUCCCCUCCCUCUCCCUCUUCCUGUCUGAACGAGCUCUUCCUGUUCCCUAGAGAUGGCCGCUGUCCAAUGACAGAGCUCCUUUCAGAACCGGCCCUCGCUGCCGCUGGGUCAGCGGUCUUUGAGUCUCCUUGGAAACGUUCGUUGUUUGUUAUUGUUGCUAUGUCGUACAAGUGUGCCUGCCUGCGCUGAGACGGGCAAAAUGUGAGUGGCUAGUUUGGGCUGUCAAUCAUCCCAGGCCACACUGUCUCAGAUGAUGACGAUGAAUAGAUGAUGGUGAUGAGAUUGUUGCUGUUGGUGAUGAUGAUGAUGAUGAUGAUGAUGGUGAUGAAGAUAGAUGUUUUUGGUAGUGACACCGCAAAGAUCGUUGCAAUACACCUACUAUUUGCCUUUUUGAUGAUAUUAGUCAUAUUUUAACGUAGUGUGCUAAAUGUCAGUUUUUUUUAUUGUUGUUGUUGUUGUUGUUGUUGUUGUUGUUGCUGAUGAUGUUUAUUCACUUGAGAACAAAAAGAUUUAACUUCAAUUCAAAAGUUCAUAUCAUUAAAAAAUGUGUUUGUUUUUUUUUUUCAUUUUGUAAACAUCGAGAGUGUAAAACUACCUAACACACAAAAACUGCAGAUUUCUGGGGAGGAUGUGUAAAUACAAGAAAAUGUACUUCUGCUUUUAAGUGCCCUUUUUUAAAGUUUAAAGUUGUCAGUGUGCAGCUGUCUGAAGAGCAAACCGGUGCGAUUGGUGCAGGGAUCGACGCCACAGAUCCCCAUCAACAUCCCUUGAGAUGAGCUUAUGUUAAAGCUAGCUAAAGUUCCCUUUUAUUGGAACCUUUUUGAGCACAUUUGUAUCACGCACUUAUAAGUUCCAAGUAUAAAUCUUCAUGUAAGCACCUAGUCCUCGUAACCCACUAAUCAUUGCGUCUCCUUACUCGACCCAGUGUCUAGAUGUGUGCCUUCUGGUGUCCAGCAUGAUCGGAGACUUACACUUAAAAAAAUCCUUUACUGUUGCCUUUCAACGCAAAACCUCGGACAGCACAAAAUCUUAACACGUUACAGCCGUGACGUAUGGAAGCCCAGUCAGGCCAAGAAAAAAAAAUGGAGGGAAAAAAAAACAGUCAGUGUUUCUAAGCUAAAAUGGACCAAAAGUCCUUAAAAUACUACAAACAAAUAACAUGUGGAAAAGCAGAUAUCUGCAAAUCCUGUGUGGUUGCUUCUAUUGUUUUUAUAUUAUCAUUCCAACUUCUCUUCCCUUUUCUUUUUCCUGGUAAAGCUGGACUUCUAUAAUCACGAUAUUAGAAGCUAAAUUUGUGAAAACAAACAGAAAAGUGUCUUUCACAUUACUGUUGCUGUUGCUGCUCUAUAUGUUUGGAACUAUAACUAAAACAAGCUGAAAUUAAUGCUUUUCUUCAGAAAUUUAAUGAGACGCAGUAUUUGCUUUUAACAUUUCUGACUGCUUGCAAAGAAUCACACACCACACAGUCCAGAUUCAUAUGUGACAUUAUUUAAGACAUCUCCAAAGACGAAACCACUGUAAAGAAAAAAACGUUCAGUCAAGCUUGAACUUUUUGUUUUCGAUUUUGGGGAAAAAUCUUUUUUUUUUUCCUCCAGUUUUUGCUACAUGUUUGAUCAGUUUUAAAAGAAAGGAUGAUUUAAGUAACACAAGUAGACUGGCGGACGGCAUACAAGCAAACCAUUUUCUCCCUUCAUAUUUCUGUAUCAUCGCAUUUUUCUCUGCUUGCUCUGCUCUUUUAAUCAGCGCUGUGUGGCGCCUUUCCUCUGACAAUGUCGAAGAAAAAGUAUACAAAAGCACUCUUGUUCGCAGUUAUGUUAUGUGUUCAUAUUUAAAUAAGCCUCUGUAUCUUACACCGCAGUGACUAUUGUAGAAGUCUUCCACCUGUCCUUGAGUUUUAUCCUGCAAGCAUGUAAACUGUGGGGCUUGUACAAUAGACCAGUUUGUUCUGGUAAGGAUUCCUACGUGCAGCUGGUGCAGAUGUUUUAGAAAAGCAUGAUAAAAUGCUGCGAUUGUGUCCAGGGAAGUAAAACUGCACACAAGUAAUCAGCAGCUUUGGAGUGAAAUCUUCACUCAGGACCAGAUGUCAGAUAAAAAUGUGGGAACUGCGAUCUGUUCUCUGCAAUGCUGGGUUUCCCAUCACUCAAACGUAGCACUGGGUUCAUAAAAAGAAUGAACAUGGAGCUGAGGGUUUAACUUCAAUCUGUUAUCUGUCACAGCAUGGCUCAUGCACUUAUAUAGAGGCCUGCUUAUUCUCAGUGAUAAUAACUGCUUAUUUGUGUAUUAAGACAGUUUAUUUUAAUUUAUAUUGGAUGGUCUAUGUGUUGCUGGGUUUGCUAUGUUGUUAUUUUCUUUUCUGUUACAAAAUACAAGACAAUGGUUUAUUGUUGUUGUCACAGAACAUGAAUCAGACACAUUUCAGUUAGCCUUCGAUUUAAAAAAACAAAUAAAAAGUUUUAUAAAUUCA